AUGUCCUUCGUGGACUCGGACGACGAUGACCUCGCAUUUGGACGGCAGAUCUUGCCCGUGGCUUCGGCGCUCCCUGUGGACUUUGACGGUGUGCCAGCGACGGGGGAGGAGUAUUUGCUGACUGUGCGACGCGACGCGCGGAGUCUGCCCCAUGUGACGCGUGUCGCGAAUCCGUACGCGCUGCCCGAGGUAACGCCGCCAUUGCCCGCUGGAGAGAAGUCAUCCGCUGCGCUGCCUUCGCCUGAGUGGUGUGCUCUGUACGAGUCACGGUUUCGCAAUUUCAGAAAGAACCUCUCGCAGCCCACGACUCACGUGUCGCAGAGUAAUGGGUCGCGGGUGAUGCCGGAGGUCAGUCGACGCGAUUGCUGGUGGACAUUUCUUGCAGGAAAGCCGCGGGAGAUGUGGGAUCCGCCGCCAAAGGACAAGGGAAAGGGGAGAAUGCGUGCGUUUUCAGACGACGAGGCAGACAUCGAUGAUAGUCCCGUUGUCCCGCUUGAGCCAACGCCUGCGAUCUUACUCCGCAUUGACCAUCGCUCGACACUACAUCUGCUUAUGUACUUCACCCACUGGAUGCAGCAACACCCCCUCCAACUGCGCACAUCCCACUUCCGCUGGAUAUUCGCUUUACUCGCCCGCCUCGAUGCACAGCUUUCCUCGGACGAACUGCACCAGCUUCGUAAUUUGGCGCGCGCCGCCAUCGCGCUACUCAAACACGUGACACGCGCCGAGACGGAGUUGGACGCGAGUUGUUGCUGGAUAGUAAUUGCGACUGUCGUGCAUGUGUGGGGCCAGCGCGAUCUCUGGACCGACGCGGCCGACGCGCUAGCAACGUAA